AUGCCUUCUGCCACCGCUUCCGCUGGUCUCUCGCGUACCGUUUACAACACGUUCUUCCGUAAGAACUCGACCUUUGUUGCCACAAUCUUCGCAUCGGCCAUUGCAUUUGAAGUUGGUUUCGACUCCUUGUCCGACAAGAUUUGGGAUGAUGUGAACAAGGGCAAACAAUGGAAGGACAUUAAGGACAAGUACGAGCAAUAA